AUGGGAUCGUGUUUUUCGCGAAAAGAAUGCCAAAAGCAAAUAGAAAUAAUCGUGAAAAUAGAACCGAAAGAAAAUUCUGGAGUCGAGAUAAUUGAGAAUAUAGAACUGAAAGAAUAUUCUGGAGGAAUUGGAUGGUUUGAUCUACCUUAUGAGAUGAGAAGAUUGAUCAUUGAUUUGAUGGAUCUGAAAACAAGAUCUCAAUUUGCACAAUGUUCCGAAGAUUGUUAUGAAGAAGUACUCGAAAGUCGCAAUUAUAUAGAUCUAAUUCAAAUUAGUGAUGUAUUCCAAGAAGAAAAGCGAAUUAUUUGUAUUUUGGUUGAAGGAAAAGACGAAGAAUUUGUUUUUUUGAUCAAGGAAUCAACUGGAAAUACUGAAGUUCAAUGGUUGUAUGAUGAUGAAUUGGUUAUAGAGAAACACUUUGAGAAUCAGACUUCAAUUCAAGUUCUUUCGUUAUAUUUUGAUGAUUUAUUGCGGAAAAAUUCAAGAAGUUUGCAAAGUGUUUGGGUUUUUAUUGUGAGUUUUUUCAAUUUAUUUUGUACGUACAAAAAUUGUAAUUUUUUCACUUGCAGGACGAUUUUCCUUAUCAUAAAACUAGUAUUUGUAAUUUGCAAAAUCAAAAAUUGAAACAGUUGGCACUCUUUAAAAAUAAACAUGGAAUUGACCCGAUUUCAAGUGGAUUUGUGGAUCUUCAUACAAUUUCUCGUUUUCAUGAACUCCUUGAUAUUCCCAAUUUGCAACUCGAUUAUUUUUUAAAAACCAAAGCAAAAUAUUCAACUCUAAAUAAUCCCAUAUUUUCACUGCUUGAUUUCGACGUAUUUUUGCGGCGUAUUUUGAUCGAAGAAGUUCUUGAUGAAAACGUUGCUACGAUUAAAAUACGUUUGAAAGAAGUUCAGAAAAUGUAUGGAAUAUAUUCGAUUGAUUCAAUGGUGAUUGUUGUGAUUAUUAUGAAAUAUACCGACGAGAAUUUUGAGGCAUUCAAUGAAACUGGCAAACGAUACGAAUUUUCGAGAAGAUCCACAAAAUGGGCAAAUCGAAAACAUUUUAUGGUGUUGGAAAAUGAUUCUUUCCGAUAUUUGAGUGUUUUGGUAUGA